AAAAAAUGUUUCAGAGGAAAAAGAAAAAAAAAGACCCAAACUCCUAAGAGUGAAUGUGAAGGAAUGAAAAAGUGGGAGUGACUUUACCAAUCUAACACCGUCAGAAUUACUUUUCAGAGUCUGCGAAAGCAAGGAACAGAAAAAAGGAUAACAGCAAAUUCAGUGAUACUGUGUAUUGUACUGGUACGGUAAUUUUGAAGAAGGAAAAAUGGGGAAAAGGAGAGCUUGAACUUUUAGGAGUUGACAUGUUUGAAAGUUGGAUGGUGAUUUUCUUGAAGUUAACAUUUUUUCUGAAGAAAACUGGCCGAUGUCCCAGGAGAGAGAACUGGCUCAUCCUCUUCGGCCUGCAGGGCCAGAGACGGAACCUUCAGAGAAAAGACUUCUGUUGCCAGGCACUCGGGAUAUACAUGACAAUUCAAGCAAACCAUCAGACCAAAAAGAGGCACUCUCACUGGCUUGCAGGAACAACCUCCCUGAAGCACAAGACCAGAUGAGUGGGGGGAAUUCCACAAAUGAUGACCUCAUUACAACCCAACCUCAAGCCCUGCCUCAGCCAAUUGCUUCAGCACUGGAACAGAGUGAGGAAAAAACUGGCAAGCUGCAAAAUGGCCACGCAGGUCUGAGUGAUGAAAAUGGAGUUCACAACGGGGUCACAUAUGCAAGUGCAGACCACAGAAAACUCUCGGCUCCUGUUUCCCAGAAAAUGCACAGAAAACUACAGUCCAGCCUGUCUGUGAGCAGCAAUAGUAGCAAAAAGAGCAAAGUCAGCUCCAUAAACUCUGAAAAGCCCGGAUCAUCCCCGGAAGACUGCUGUGUGCACUGCAUCCUGGCCUGCCUGUUCUGUGAGUUCCUUGCCCUCUGUAACAUUGUAGUGGCACAAGCUUCGUGUGGCACUUGUACGCCUGAGGCCUGCUGUUGCUGCUGUGGGGAUGAGUUGGGAGAUGACUGUAACUGCCCCUGCGACAUGGACUGUGGCAUAAUGGACGCCUGCUGUGAGUCCUCAGACUGCUUGGAAAUCUGUAUGGAGUGCUGUGGCAUUUGUUUCCCUACAUGAACAUAGUGUUGUAAUAUACUGUAAGCUAGGUGGUGGAGAGAUUUGGUUAGAUUUUAACUGAGGUUUAUAUAUUUAACCAAUAUACGCAGAUCAAACACUCGAAAAACAGAAAACCCAUAAACACUGAAAGAACACCGGAAAGGUUUACAUUUUGUGUUUUCAGUAAUGAGCUCCCGAGCUGGUCUAAGCAUACAGUGCACACUGUGAGUCAGUUCAGCUGUCGGAUGCCUUCACACUGAUCUCCAUACAGGUACUUGGGCAAUACCAGAAAGAGCCAGUUAAUUCAUCUACAGAAAGGCUUUCAAAUUGCUAAAACAUAAAAACUGAAAAGUAAAAUACUUAAACAUAGAAUAACAGAAGUCUUUAUUAUAACAAAGAUUGAGAAAAAAGAGUUCAAACUUUUGAGUCUGUAGAUAGCUGAUAUAUGCAUUGCAGAGGAAUAUACUUAUGCUCAGUUUGUACUGCAGAUAAUAUGAACAGGCCAAAGAGCUACAGCAUGUAUGCUUAGCUAUACAUUUUAAUUGUUUAAACCAAAGCUGUCGUGCUAAUUUGUUGUACCCCUUGAUGCCAAAUAUUUACUGGUGAUGUUAAAUUAGUUUAGGAUUUUUGCAAAGUUAACAAUAUUAAUAGCUGAGUAACAUUCCAAAAUAGAAUUAACUGUACUCUUUAAAAAUGUUUUUUGACAUUUAUCAUUUCCCUCAGAUGUAUUCAGUCUUUGAGACCAAUUUGCAGUUUAGUCUUUAGAUUCCACAUUAACACUAGAACCGCUAUGCCGGUGAAUUUGACUGUUUUGAAAUAACUGAAGUAACUCUGCAUUAGUGAAUCCCACGCGCAUGUCCAUUAUUGACUUUGAAAUUUAUUCAAU